AUGAUGAAAGGCACUCUUUCCAAAAGCAGAAAGCUACAAUCCACAAGGGACAGAAAGUGGUCAAAGUCAUCUGAUUUUGCUGAGGACAAAGACAGUGAGGAACAAUCACACUAUAAGAAGACGGUCAAGAUACAAGAGAACCUCCCCCGCACCUCCCUGCAAUCCGAAUUAUCAGAGGCGUGCUGGAGAAGACCACAAAGAUUUAAAGGAGAAAGCAGACGUUGGUCUGCUUCUGCGAGCCUCAGCCAACUCAACCCUGAACCAACGGAUUUGUUGCAGAGGCAAAUGGACUUAUGGAGCCCUACUCAUUCGGCCUGGAACAGUUGGUCCAAAUCGGUCAGAAGAUCUUCUGUUCAGAGUGUCCCUACCAGUGAAGUCAGGACUUCUUCAUUUCAGUCGAGUGAAAACUUGUACCCACAUUAUUCAGCUAUGGAGAGAAACAACCUGAUGCGACUGGCUCAUGAUGUCCUUUUCACUCCAGUGUCUCUCAUGGGGGGCGAGGAGGUGAGCAUUUACACUCUGGAUGAGGAUCCCUCUGAGUGUGCUGCCUCCUGGUCAUCACAAGGCCUUUCCGCCAUCUUGCAGCCGCUGACCAGUGAAGAAGGGUCUCUGUAUGGGGGUCUUCGUCAGGGCUGCAGGGUGCUCUGUACCUGGGCAGAGCGAGACAUCUUAAUGCCUGGAGAAGUGUACGUGGUUAAAGCAUUUUACCAAGAAGUAGUCCGGGCCUGGCAAAGAUACUUCCAUGGCAGCACUGCUCUGCAACUUUGUUUAAGAGAAAUCCAGCAACAAAGAGCAGCUCAAAGGAUGAUGAAGGUGUUCAACCAGAUUAAACCUGAAGACCAUAUGCCGUAUUCACCACAUUUUUUAGAUGUUAUGCUUGUACUCUGGCAUUCAAAUGGACAGUGGCUCACUAUUGAGAGAAACAUACCAGGUGACUUCAGGAAGUUUAACCACAACACCGGAGAAGAGAUUGCUUCUUGCAGUCCAUUAGAAGAAAUGCUCUUGGCCUUUUCCCAUUGGACGUUCGAAUACUCUGGCAGGGAAAUGCUCGUGCUCGAUAUACAAGGAGUAGGUGAAGCCCUGACAGAUCCAACAGUCAUCAUGGCAGAUAACCACAGUGAUGGCAGAGAUGGAAUGCUGUUUGGUGCAGAUAACCUUGGGGAAGCAGCCAUCAGCGUCUUCCUUCGCAAACACGUCUGUAAUGCAUGCUGUCGCCGACUGGGCUUGACUGAUUUAAGGAGGCACUCCACGGGCCGCAGCGAGAGCGCAGAGUCGACAUCAGCAGAUGAAGAGAACAGCAGUGAUGGAUCAACAGAGGAUCUUUAG